UAUGAGCAAACGGCAUUCCAUGUCUGACUACUCAGAUAGAGAAGACAUCUGUGCGCUUUGAAUCAUACAGGUUUAAGACAUGAUUUCAUUGGGGCUGGAAAUACUUGGAGUGACUCUGGCUGUCCUGGGAUGGAUCUUAGCCAUUGUAUCCUGUGUCUUGCCCAUGUGGAGAGUAUCAGCUUACAUUGGGGUAAACAUCAUCACAGCUCAGACCACCUGGGAGGGCAUCUGGAUGAGCUGCGUGGUCCAGAGCACAGGUCACAUGCAGUGUAAAAUCUUUGACUCCAUGUUGGCUCUAAGUGGCGAUCUUCAGGCUGCCCGCGCCCUCACUAUUAUAUCCCUCGUGGUGGGCACUGUGGGAAUCCUGGUUGCCAUGAUGGGGGCGAAAUGCACCAACUGCGUGGAGGAAGAGACGGCCAAAGCUCGGGUGAUGAUAGUCGCCGGGUUGGCCUUCAUCCUGGCUUCUCUGACCCAGCUGAUCCCUGUGUCAUGGUCAGCCCAUACCAUCAUUAUGGAGUUCUAUAAUCCAAUUUUGAUAAAGAGCAGAAGAAGAAGACUUUUCAGUAUGUCUAUAGGGCUGGAGUUGAUAGGCAUUUCCCUGUGCAUUUUGGGAUGGAUUAUUUCCAUCGUGGCAUGCGCCCUCCCCAUGUGGAGGGUGACGGCCUUCAUCGGCAGCAACAUCGUGACGGCUCAGAUCAUCUGGGAGGGCCUGUGGAUGACUUGCGUGGUCCAGAGCACGGGCCAGAUGCAGUGUAAGGUCUACGACUCCAUGCUCGCCCUCUCCCAGGACCUGCAAGCCGCCCGCGCCCUCACCGUCAUCUCCAUCCUGUUAGCCAUCCUGGCCAUACUCAUCGCCAUCGCCGGAGCCAAGUGCACCAACUGCAUUGACGAUGAGGCAUCAAAGGCCAAGGUGAUGAUCAUCUCUGGGGUCUUCUUCAUCGUUUCAGGGGUCAUGCAGCUCAUUCCUGUCUCCUGGUCGGCCAACAGCAUAAUCAGGAACUUCUACAACCCUUUACUUCCUGAUGCUCAACGGAGGGAGCUGGGGUCCGCGCUGUACAUCGGCUUUGCAGCCGCCGCCCUCCUGGUUCUCGGUGGCGGACUCCUCUGCUGUUCCUGUCCGCCACGCGAGACCAGAUACAACCCUUCACGGAUGGCUUAUUCUGCCCCGCGGUCCGCAGGUGGGCCAGGGUUAGAACGGAAAGACUAUGUAUGAGUGAAUUUCAAAAAAAAAAAAAAAAAAAAAAGACAUUGUUGAAUCUCUAACCUGCCUCUCCACACCAAACGGAGGGUGUACUGAGGAAAAAAGCUGAAGAAAACAAGGAGACUCCGCGAUGAAGGAUGUGUUGAAUUUUGCCUUUAAUGUCAAGUAUCUCUGAAAUAGGGUCUUUUUUCCUCAGAGACUGAAAUGACAUGCAAAGGUCAUAUGAGUGGAAAUUUUCUUUAAUCAAAACAAAAGGCAUUGAAUUUAUGGUCUUAGUGCUCUGUUUUUAAAGUCAGCAUGUUAAAUAUUAUUGAUUAUAUGAUCAUAUACUUUUUUAUACAGUCCUGGCUUCUUAAUGUUUACCACUGAAUUUUUUUUUUUUUAUAAAAACGCCAUGAUGUCAUCUCCAUAAUAGGGCACUACUGUGUAAAACGUUGAAGAAUGGAAUGUGUUUCACAUUUAUGCUGUUUGUUUAAAAUGUCAAAACAGGAUUAUCAACGGGAUUAUGUUUGUAAAUACUGUAUUAAGAGCAUCAUUAAUCACUCGUAACAGUCACAACAGAUGAUAACUGUAUAGAGCUUAUAGUGCAGUGUGGUACUGGUGGAGUUGGGGUGGUGGGAGGACUGGGAGAGGACUGUGUGAACUGAGCACCUGGUUUUAUCGACAACAGUAAUUAUCUAUACACCAUUGCUGUACAUGUAUCUUACAAGUGUUUUUUUUUUUAAAUAAACAUGACUAUUUUUAAGGUA